AUGCCUUAUAAAAAUAGCCCUCGAAUUGAAGGUCGUCUCGUCGAUAUUCUGCCGGUGAAUGCACCAAAUCAAGUGAGCGGACAUAAAGGCAAACAAAAACUUCGUUUAUUGGCCGAAGAUUUUCAAUUGAUUGAUAAUUUGAAAUCAGUUGAAUACGAGAAAGUGGAUAAAAUUGAAGAUGCAGAUGUUGUUUGGGCACGAAAACAUUUUAAUGAUUAUAAAGGAUUGGAUAACACUUGGAUAGUGAAGCCGUGGAAUUUGGCACGUGGACUCGAUAUGCACGUUACGGAUAACCUCUCGUAUAUUAUACGACUCGUCGAGAGUGGACCAAAG